UCUUCGCCAUGGCUGCUGAGGUACCGACCUUCAAGCUUGUCCUCGUCGGUGACGGUGGUACUGGAAAGACCACCUUCGUCAAGCGCCACUUGACUGGCGAGUUCGAGAAGAAGUACAUUGCGACUCUCGGUGUCGAAGUGCACCCUCUCGCUUUCCACACCAACCUGGGUAACAUCCAGUUCGACGUCUGGGACACUGCUGGUCAGGAGAAGUUCGGUGGUCUUCGCGAUGGAUACUACAUCAACGGACAGUGCGGUAUCAUCAUGUUCGAUGUUACCUCCCGUAUCACCUACAAGAACGUCCCCAACUGGCACCGCGAUCUCGUCCGUGUCUGCGAGGGUAUCCCCAUCGUGCUGUGCGGUAACAAGGUCGAUGUGAAGGAGCGUAAGGUCAAGGCCAAGACUAUCACCUUCCACCGCAAGAAGAACCUUCAGUACUACGACAUCUCCGCCAAGUCCAACUACAACUUCGAGAAGCCCUUCCUGUGGCUCGCUCGCAAGCUGGUCGGCAACCCUCAGCUGGAAUUCGUUGCUGCCCCCGCCCUUGCUCCCCCCGAGGUCGCUGUCAACAAGGAGCUCAUGGCCAAGUACGAGCAGGAGAUGGAGGCCGCCACCCAGAUGCCCCUGCCCGACGAGGAGGACCCCGAUUUGUAAACGCAUGGCCAAUGAAGGCUGGGGCUGGGGCUUCGGCCACGGGCUCGUGGCAGUUGCUCUGUCCCAAUAACUGGGUACGUUAUGCAAGAUUUCGAAUCACGAUACAAUGAUAGCGGUGGGAGGAAAUAAGCCCGAGAACGGUCGGCAUGAUUAUGCAUUUGCAAUAUUUACCACUAGUAGUCUAGACUCUGAUUAUCUUUACAAAGUUCCUUUGAAACGAUGACACUGUUUACCGCCCAUCAACUAUCACGCGAUAGCUGCUGGACAAAAAAGUUCCAUGUUUUCUUUCCUCUCUUUCAUUCAGUGCCUACCGAAUCAUUC